AUGUCCGUACCUGUAGUAUGCUCCUCCUGGAUGAAGUCCAACAUCAGAAACCCAAGCACCAGCAACGCGGAUGCUAGCAUCCAGGACUCACGAUCGUCGUCUGAUACGAGCAGCUCUGAUUCGGGUAACGCAUCGAAUAGCGGGGUACCAGGCGGUAGCGGUUGUAGUGUUCAUCCGGAAAACUCACCAACUGACAAACAGUUAUUGCUUGGUACCGAAUGUGUGGUGUGUGGUGACAAGUCGAGUGGAAAACAUUAUGGACAGUUUUCAUGCGAAGGAUGUAAAUCAUUUUUCAAAAGAUCAAUAAGACGAAGUCUUAAUUACACAUGUCGCGGUUCUAAGAACUGUCCAGUGGAUGUGAAUCAUCGAAAUCAGUGUCAGUAUUGCCGUCUGAAGAAAUGUGAAAGAAUGGGAAUGCGCAAGGAAGCAGUACAACGCGGAAGGAUACCACCAAAUGCGCAGAAUGUUUACUCCUCGACAGUUCUUUUUGGUGAACGAUUACUGGCAGUAAAUCAGGGUGUUGGUUCCCAAUUUUCAUCCAUUGUGACGCAUCUCAUUCGUGCUGAACCAUAUCCGCCUUUCAACUCGGAAGAUUAA